AGGAGGAUGUUAAAGAGGCCAGGCUGGAAGGGUGCCACGAGGAGCCACGGCAGCACCGGGCACUCAGGAACCCCGGGCUCACAGACCACAGACUUGAUGUUUCCCGACAACAAAGCUCAGUUCUUGGACAACAAGGUGACGCCUGAAGCAUGAGUGCCCACAAUAACACCUCCUGCAGCCUGAUGCUGCCACCCUACUUAACCAGUCUCUACUUCACGGUGCUCAUCGGGGGGCUGGCGGGCGUCAUCUCCAUUUUGUUCCUGCUGGUGAAAAUGAACACCCGGUCUGUGACCACCAUGGCCGUCGUCAACCUGGUGGUGGUCCACAGUGUCUUCCUGCUGACGGUGCCUUUCCGCCUGACCUACCUCAUCCGGAAGACGUGGACAUUCGGGCUGCCCUUCUGUAAGUUCGUGAGUGCCAUGGUGCACAUCCACAUGUACCUCACGUUCCUCUUCUACAUGGUGAUCCUGGUCAUCAGGUACCUCAUGUUCUUCAAGCACAAGGACAAGGUGGAGUUCUACAGGAAACUGCACGCUGUGGCCGCCAGUGCCGGCCUGUGGCUGCUGGUGAUUGUCAUUGUGGUGCCCCUGAUUGUUUCUCAGUACGGAAGUGCCGAGAUGUAUGACAAAGAACAGUGUUUUAAUUUCCACAAAGAGCUUGCUCAACCAAACGUCAUAAUCAUCAACUAUUUGAUCGUCGUCAUUGCCAUCGCGGCCACGGUGGUUCUGCUGGUGUUCCAGAUCUUCAUCAUCACGUCGAUGGUGCGGAGGCUGCGCCACUCCUUGCUGUCGCACCAGGAGUUCUGGGCCCAGCUGAAAAACCUGUUUUUCAUAGGGGUCAUCGUUAUUUGCUUCCUUCCCUACCAGUUAUUUAGGAUCUAUUACUUGCACACUGUGACGCCCUCGGAUACCUGUAACAACGAUGUGGCAUUUUACAACGAAGUCUUCUUGAGUGUCACGGCCAUCAGCUGCUUUGAUUUGCUGCUCUUUGUUCUCGGGGGAAGCCACUGGUUUAAGCAAAAGAUAAUUGACCUGUGGAAUUGCCUUUUGUGUCGUUAGCCACCAAACACUGUUAUUCAGGUUUACUUCCUUUAUCCUGGGGGUGAAAAUGGGUCUCGGGAGGUAGGAGGGCAAUUCUAUUACAUGAUUGAAACCAUGUCUUGAGGCAGCCAAACGAAAGGGCUGUGACAUGCCAGAGCAUCCAUUGCAUUCCAGUCCUGAUUUAGCCCCCACCACCUCCAACUGAUGCCCACGCAAAGACUAGUCAUGCGCAAUCCACCUGGAGUUGCAGUGCUGCGUUACUUUUCAACACACAGUGUCUACUCAGCCUGUCCAGGCACCAGGGCUCUAAUGGUUUCUGAGUUUCACUAGUUGAUUUUUGUUUCCUGAGUCAGAAACACGGUGUUUCUUAAGCCCUGUUGUCGUCGGUUCUUGACGUUCCACGUGCAACCCGAGGUAAGCUAACUCUGGCUACGAUUCAGCUUGAGAUCACACACUUGACUGUGCUCACCAGAUAAGAUGCCCAUUCUACUCACACGCUGACAGAAACCCAGAUAAGUGGGGAGGCCAGUAAGAGACUUUUCUAGAUUGUCAUAACUCUGGUAGGAGGCCACUUAUCUCGAAAGCAAGAGAAACAGAACUCCUGGCCUUCUACUGUCACAAGGGUUAUCCAUUAAAAGGUCAAGUUCAAGGACUUGGAUCAGCUCCCUCAGCAUUUCCAAAAAUCAUUUACAAAUGUACUAAAUAUAUCUAAAUGGUGGUGAGAGUGUAACUGAGAGAAUAUUCCCGACCAAUGUGCUACUAGGCAUUAAAACGAGUUCCCAAGGGAAGUGAUUAAUUUUUGUUUCCUCUUCUGUUUUGAAGAAUUUCUAGAAGUCACGGUACAAAGUUAAUUUACAUUUUCCUUGGAGACAGAAAGCUGUACCGUAAUCUUUAGAGUUCUCUUCAACCCUUAAAGUUGUAUGUGUUUAAAUAAAUGAAAACCACAUUCUUUAAAAUAAAACUUUUGGGAAAUAUGUAGAAAAAUCAUGGGACUAUGAAAUUAGGAUGGUAAGUUACUACAUAAACUUGUGGGUUUUCUUCCCUCCUGCCCAUAUUUCUACUAUUUCCCUCAAAGUUUCAUAAUCUUGAAAUUUCCUAAGGAAAUGAUCCAGUUUCAUAUUGAAUGCUUCAGAAAGCCUGAAGCAAUUCUUGGUAGGAAUAGAAGAAAUAAAUGACUUAAGUUAACUUUUUUUUGAGAGAGAGAUACAUGUUCAUGAUUUAAAGAUUUUUCUUAAUUUGUUACACUAUAUGGACCCAUUAAAUGCAACAGAUGAACAAGAAAUGCCCCUGUACAUUUCUUUGAUCACUAAUUUUGAUCAGUAAUUUUUUACUGAGUCAUAGAAAUUAAUUUUGAAGAAGAAAAGGCAACAACAUACUGCAUUUAACUUAUUCCAAACUUUUUGCCUGUUUUAAAUUUUCUUUUAUGUAUCCUUUUUUAUUUUUCAAGUUUUUUAUAUAUAUGUAUAUAUGUGUAUAUAUAUGUGUAUAUAUUACAUAUAUAUAUUUGUACUUUUUAUUUGCAUUCUUUUCCCAUUUUUCUUAGUUUUUUUUUUCUCAUUUUGACCCAUAAUAUUUGUAAGAAAAUUUCUAAGACCUAUAAAACUUAUAAGAAAAUUUUUAACACUCAUAAAAUUUGUAAGAAGAUUGUUAUAGUGAAAUAUUUUAAAACUUUUAGAAUUAUUUAUGAAAAACCCAUAGACCAAUGGAUCAGAAUAGAGAGCCAUAAAUGAACCCAUGCCUAUACAGUCAAUUAAUAUAUGACAAAGGAGGCAAUUAACAUAUGACGAUGGAGUAAAGAUAGUCUAUUCAAUAAAUGAUGCUGGGAAAAUGGGGCAGAUGCAAAGAAGUGAAAUAGACUAGCUUUUUAGUACCAGGUAUAAGAAUAAAACUAUGGAGUAAAGACUGAAAUGUAAGACCUGAAACCAUACAACUUCUAGAAGAAAACAUAGGCCAUAAACUCUGACAUUGUUUUUUCUCUCAUAUCUCCUUGGGGAAGGGAAACAAAAGAAAAAA